AUGAAGGCAUAUUAUGAGGCCACUGAAGAGCCUGAGUCUGAGGUUCCCUCAACGUCGACAGCAGUUAGCAAUCAAGCUCCUGAACGAGAAAGGCCUAUUCUGAGCUCUGAAACUUCUGCCAGCAGGUAUUAUGUGUGUGUGCGCCUCAGGGGACUCAUCAUACAGGUCGAUAUUUUAAAGGAGUGCUAAAAGUGGGCGGAAAUCUGGCGUCCCCUGUGCAUUUUUUAGUUGGUGGGGCCAGGCGUGGCUGUCGUGUUGAAUUCUCCGCCACAGCCUCUUCAUAGCCUUUCUCUAGCCCCGCCAUAUUUGAGGAGGUUACGCGGGGCUGGUGCUGGCAGGGUUGAUUAUAGGUUGACCAGACCCAAAGGCUAGUUUAUCCCCUCACCAAAUGGCCAUUUUGCGCUAAUAAACUUGAUCUGCUCUUCCCGCGUACCUGGGAAUUUUAUUUCGUUGGUGGGGCCAGGCGGGGCUGUCGUGUUGAAUGCCCCGCCAAAGCCCCUUCCACAGCCCCGCCUAGCCCCUUCAUAGCCCCCUCUAACCCCGCCAUUUUUGAUGGGACUAGGCGGGGCUAGGAGGGGCUGGUACUGGCAGCGGUGCUUAAUCGUGUAGGAAAUGUUCUUUUUAAUUUUCUCUUACGUCUUUACUCAGUGGCUCUAUUUUUGCUGACGUCAGGUUUUGUACAUACUGUCGAUACACUAGUCAGGAUCCUUAAAAAUCCUUAAAUUUUAAAAAUUCCGUAACCAUUUUUUGUUUUUGAAGCGUUUUUACUUAUAAAUAAGUCAACUGAACUUCAAAAAAUGCCUAAAACUUUAACUUUUCUUGUGCUCGUUUUCAUUCUGAUGUCUGACUGUCUUACAGUUUUCUGCGAUGUAAACUAUAGUAUUUCGUGUUUUGUCUUUUGAGUUCAAUAGGGUAUUUUGUAUCUUCCUUCAGGGCCACUGCUUCAGUGAAACUGUGCGGUUUGAAUUUCGAUAAAGUAAAAAACGCUCUGAAGACUUUAGAUCCACGUGAGGUCUGGCGUCUUCUUCAGGCUCUCCGUUGGGUGAGAUAAUAUCUUGUAAUUUUGAUUAGUCUUCAAACUUUGACCUAUUUCGUCUUCUUCCUGCGGUAAUCUGUCAAACGCCUGCAUGUUUUGCUAAUGUUAGCAAGUUUUAUUCUUAAUACUAUUCUGUAUGCAAAUGUGCAUCCUAUUUUGAAAAGACUAAAAGAGGAGAGUGGAGAAUAGUCGGUGCCCAGCAUUUUAAAUAGUUUGCUUUAUUUUUACUACAAAAAUCAGUAUUAUGAAGGGUCACGAAAAUGAUGCUCAACAGAAUUUGUAGCGGUUUAGCUAAUUUCCAAUAACUGGUUCUAUCCGUGCUCAUUGGGCGCGUCGCUAUAGUUUUCGAAAUCUCUUUGCCUAAUUAAGUUAACUGAAAUCCUUACUGGCGGGUGGUCUCCUUUAUUUGUCAGGUGUGCGCGCUACGCAUUAGUUGCUCCCGGAUAAUAUUGCUGAAAAAGAAGCCUUUAUGUUGAAUCAACUCAUUUUUGGCUUAUUUUCACAACAGCAUAUCAUACCAAUCUGACCCAGGAGUUGAGUGCAUAAACCAAGCGCUUAUGUGCACACGCGCAUGCAUGUGCGUGCGUACAAGGAAGUCCUGUCCUAAAACGAGACUGGCGAACGCGCUGCAGAUUGUCCGCGGUUACUGGACUGCAUUCUCAAAAUAGGGUCUUCUUCAAUGGUUCCACGGUUUGGGCAUAUUCUUAAGAGCUCGGCUUUUCAGGUAACCUGAGAAUUGGGAUUUAAAUGGGGUAAGAUCGGAAGACCUAAAUGGUCGCUUCAGGGCCCUGUCCGAUCAACCCAUUGCCCGUCGAAGACCUCGUUGAGGUAGUCACACACGAUAUGUUCGUAAUGUGGAGCAGCCUUGUCUUAUUAAAACCACAAAGGAUUUCAUUCCCCAAGACUAAAGGAGUAACUACUUGUCGUUGCAAGGAGAAAUGCGGGUCCAAAGAUGUGUUCUAGAGAAAGGAGGCUGAUACAAGAAUUUUACUCGUCCGACGAUUUGAAUUUGCUCUCGAAACCAUUCUAGAGGCAGUAGCUGAAAAGGGUAAUUAUUACACAACUGCAUCUUAAAUAUCUGGAAACCCCUGUUUAUCCAGCUCUCUUGUCUGAUGCCACACAUGAUGUUGAGUCGCAAUAUGGAUCCCAGUCGUCAGAUGAGUGAAAUUUUUGAUAAUACGAUCGAAUCACAACCAUGCUACAGGAAGUACUUGUUAUUGAGCAGUUGGUGACAGGACUAUCUCAGUGUUAGGAAGAUGAUGACGGGUUUGAUUGCGGUCUCACCGAAGACUUUUGGCCAAGAAAUCAACCCAGUUAUUUCUGUCCUCAUAAUGCGGGCCCGGACCAUGACCCUCACACCGUACCGCUUUCGAUUCACAACAGUGUUUUUAAUUGCUCCUCUUCAGGUAGGAGAUGGCUUCAUCGGCGAAGAGCACCCACUUAGUGUCCCCUACCGAGAAAAGCCACGAACCGAAGUCCUCCACCAGACUGCAUAAUGAAACCAGGUUUUUGCGACCGGACAGCAUAACGCUGCCGAAAGUGGUGUUUCUAUAAUAUGGUGUGCACAUCAUUUUUGGAAUGUCGCAUCCUUGGGCAAACCUCUGAAGGCCCUUCUUCGGUUAGGUCGUACUUCUGUACGGCACCUUAAGGACUCACGCCACCAAUUGAGGCGCAUAAUCGGUUGCACCUCUGUAAACCAUGAAUAGUAACAGCCUUUAGAAAUCCUUGGGUCAGGUUCUGAACUCGGACUACAAGCGACUGGCUUCCUGUUCAGGGGUCUCAAGGUGAACUUUCCUGCAGCCUCACCAGUUUAAGCUGCAUUCCACUUCAAUUCUUUCAAUGGGUUGCAGGCUCAGUUGUCAGCUCAAGCCGCGCCAAUGGGACUUCGUGCCGCCCCCUUUUUUCUUGCUGUAUUAAAUCUUGGUCAGUGUCCGCUGUGAACCUGGGGCUGUCAUUGUGCGCCUAGGUGCAGGUUUUGGCCGUGCCAGCCACCUGCGCCCACUCCGGCCUCGGGUCUUCUUGACCCUGUCUUGAUGCCGGGCCCAGGUGGGGGAGGAGAGAGUGCGUUAGAUGUAGCGCCAAAAGUUUGCUACCGGUGAAGGCUAAUUCACGCGCAAGUCACCGUCCCUGAUCCCAGCCUGCUGUGGAGCACACGGUGGACAUAAUCGGUAACGAUGGUCGAACUGUCGUGUGUAAUGUGUUUUGAGGAGAUCUGGAUUAUGUAGUUUUAUUGAAGAUUGUCCUUUUGUCAAACAUGGCCCAGUAAGCCCAUGCGAUUGUUGAAUGUCCUGCGACAGUGUGGGCCGAUGAGGUGUGCGUGACGGGUGUAUAGUGGGGUCCUUGUCACUGGUUCGCUGGCCUCCAUGCAAUAGAUUCGCAAGUAGCCUACUUAACCUAAUGGCUACUCGGAGGUGCGAUCAAACGUCAGACACACUGAUGUAGAACCAACAUGGUUAAUGUAAGAGGCGAUUGUUGGGAUGGCCAGCAAGGCGACAGGACUAUCUGGGGGCAGUGAUGAUGGUGUUGGGACCUUUGUAUGAGAUAUGGGACGAGUUUCCCCUAUUGACACUGCACUGAGUCCGCAAAUGCCCAACGAGGCCAAUCUGUGCCCUUAUGGUCCUUUGACGGUGUGAGGAAGAUGGCGGAUUUAACUGCUUGGGUCGUUGUUUUGCAGCUCUUGAGUCUUGUGGGUCCUUCCUUCCACCUUUUUAGUGGCUAUCGAGGAUGGCGCUGUAGUCUUGACGGCAGUGCGGCAGGCAUGCUGAUCAUGAGCGAGGUCUUCCUAGACGUCGGAGUUAAUUUGCAAGCGCUUGAGAGAGGUCCUCAAUGUGUCCUUGUGACGACGCUUUGGCCUGCCUUGUCUACGAGCGCCCAUGGCGACAUCGCCGUAGAAUAGUUGCUUGGGCAGACGUUAGCUGUCCACUUUCACCACUUAACCACCCCAUCACGGUUAAAUCUGCCACUCCGGUUAUUUUCAGGACUUUCAUGUCGAGGGUCUCUUCCAGUUAGUUAACCUUCAGCAUUCUUCAGAAGCAGCUGAAAUGAGAAUGGUUGAGUUUUCUUUCUCGACCUUCAUACAGAGUCCACGUCGCGGUCCCUUAGAAGAGCUUUGUCGGGGCAAGAGCUCCUUAUAUCCUGAGUUCUGUGCUGAGUAGGAUGCUGCGACGAUUCCAGACGGGGUGUUGUAGCCGGCCGAAGACCUGGCUGACUUUGGAAGUUCGACUUGCGAUUUCUUCAUCAAUCUGGAUGUUUCUUGAAAGUUCACAUCUCAGGUACGCGAAUUCGUUUACAGAUGCGAACCGGGGUCCAUUCAAGCCGAUCAUAGACGCGUUGUACUCAUCAGGCGGUUUUGAUCGUCGCAUAAUCACAAAAUUUUCCGUAUCGAUGUCCACAAUUUUUGCGACUGGAAGUAAGGAGGUCCAUGCCUAACGCAUGCAGUAGUUUGUAGACGCUGGCCUUGGAAAUUCCUAGGUGAUUACCUCUUAGGGAGGUUGAGAAACUCUCCGUCGCUCUUAUGGUUGAUGCCUAUCCUCGUCCGCUCAUCACAGUAGGCUUCUAUCAGCAUAGAGAGAAACAUGAUACUGAAGCAGUUGGCCCUCGCGAUCAUUUCGGAGACCGCCCUAUUGUCCGUGACGUGAGCCGUCAUUCUGUCGUGAAGCUGUCUUACCAUUUGAGUAGAUUGUCCAGGGCAUCCGAAUCUCAUCUUGCUUUCCAAGAGUCCACUGCGAUUCACUGUGCCGGAGGCCUUCGCCAGGCCCCCGAAGAUAGCGUAGAGGUUAGUCCUAAUUUCCUGACAUGUUUCCUCCAGUUAGCGGGCCGCAAAGCUCGUGUCUGUAGUUUCGCUGUAUUUGUGGAAUCUAAGCAGCGUUUCUGGAAGACGGCUUUGCUUCAAAUGCCUGUUCAAGUGAUUGAUUAGGAGAGGAGCGGAGAUUUCUCCUGCGAUGUUGAGAGGAGAGACGCCUCUGCGGUAUUCACAGAGUUGCGGGUUCUUCUUGAGUUUUCAGAUUUGCACCAUGUGGUAUCCUUGAAGUCUUGGGUGUGUGAACGUGUUGCCACAUCUGAAAUAGCGAGGUAAACUUUCCCAUGUGUCAUUGGCCGCUGUACUUGUAUACUUCGCCGGAAUUGCGUCUGCUAGUGCUCUCCUACCAGUCAGUUGUUGCACUGUCCUGAUUGUCUCAGGGAGGUAGGUGGACAGUGGAGUUCGUCGUUGGUUCCAAUUUGAGGUGUUUUUAGAUGGGUCCGUUGGAAGUUGCCGAUGACCGAUUGAGUACGCAUUUGAAGUGCUGAGUACAACGCUCCAGAAUUUUCAAUUUCUCCGUCGGUAGAGUUGCGGCGUCGUGAUUGAGCGGUUGCGUGGUUCCCUUGGCCUGCAGACUGUAAACUGUUUUAGUUUCCGUAAAGAGAUUCCUUGUCUCGACACGUUCGACUUAUUCCUGGGUUUCACCAGCUCUGUGAUUUAGCCAGUCGUUCUGAAUCUCCAAGUCUCUGAUGUACUAGGCGCCGACAUCGGAAGUAUGCGACUUUAUCGGCACUGUUACUAGUAAUGGCGUAGGCAUUUUGCAGACUAUUUUCCCCACAGCAGAUUGCGGUUUUUUCGUCAUCGUCAUUAAAUUAGUCCCGGUGUUCAACGCGUGCGCAGCCUGGAUGAUAUGUCACAUCUCCUUCCACUGGGUUUCGAUAUUUUUGGGCGCCUUCCGAAUUCGCACUUGUUUCUGACUGAAUUUCAUGCAGCAGCCAAAUUUCAUUCGACAUUCAGCAGAAUCCAGUAGUUCAGUAGUUAACGUAGCUGAUGUCAACUUGCCACAGGGUGGUCUACGCGGUUGCAGUUGAAGUCCUGUCUUAGAAACGACCGAACGUCUUCCGUCUAGCAGUCUGCGCCUCACACCUUCCUAGUCAAUAUCACAUCAAGCUGAUCACGCCACCGGUCGAGGACGUAGUCCAGAUGACCUCAGUGACGCGACCGAAAAUUCAUUCACGCAGCUAUCUCCCGCAUCGGAAGACGGUGUCGGUCCGGAGAAGCCUGUGUUCCGUGCAAGCUUGCAGGGGGAGAAGACCAGUGCUGUUGCAGCUGCCGAUUUCAUGUCGACUUAGCACUCCCUCACAGGCGAAAUGGACAAUGCCGACGCGGACAUUAUAAUCAUCACGUACAGCCAGUUUGUCCGUCUUCGGCACAGUCGUCAGGCGGACAUGUAGAUCUGCGUAAAGCUUGUUUUUCACAUCCUCUUAGUUAGUUAUUGUGCGGAUGUAGGUGCUGACGGUAGUGGCCAGUUCGUUCUCGCGGAAUGGCAGUCUCGUGAUCAUGAGACGUUUAUCGAAGUCCAGUGGCAGGAAGGACAGCUGUCUCACGACGUUGCUGAUGUCGAAGGUGACUCCGGCGUCUCAUCGCUCUGCUUUUGAACGUUUGCUCAAGAAGACUGUGUAUCGAGCACCUACCUGCAGCUGUUCGUGUUUGCAGAGAAACGGGUCUCACUUAGAACCGAAUGUCCAUUUGGUAGAGGACCAGUUAGUGGGUGACCAGAUCUUUGGUUCUUUUCGGCCAGUUUGCAAUUGGAUUGUCUAAAAGUUAGGAGAAAUUGCAGACUUCCAGGUUCAGUGUCGCCCUGGCGGCCUGUGGGGAUGUACAGGGAUGAGGACAGUUGUAUUAGCUGUUUUGAUGUUGUUUCAGCCGUAUGUUUUGCGUUCACAAUCUACGCUAAGCAUGCUGACGGCGUGUUUUACCAGCAGCCACCAUAGCACUUUUCCCAGUCCUCUCGUCCACUAGAGACAGGCAACGUUACCCCAAAACAUGUCUGUUUAAUCAUUCUAGGCAAAUGCCAAACUCCUCUGUGAGUAACGACUUCCGUUUAGCCGGUAGAGGAUCAAAAUUUCCGAGGGCUAUCUACGAUAUUGUACGUCGCUCUCAUAAGAAUUUUUGGUGUGUCUGGGAGAGAGGUGUGCGAAGACAAACACACUCCUUUGCGGCUGCUGGCGGUGCUCGAGAAAGAGCUCCAAGGCACAACAGGAUGAGUGAGUUCCGUAACGCGACCGGUGGGUGUCCCUCUACCAUUUUUAAUGCCCGAUCUCAGCCGAAAGGACAAUGAAUCCGCGGCCCAGUGGUUAGGGGCGUUGGAGGUUGAAUCUCAGGGGUUACAUGCCUCGCGGUAAGGCAUGGUUGGCUGGCGACAGCCAACGAGUCAGAAAUGGCCACUUUAGUCUUCCUUGUCUUUGUCGGUAAUGCUAUUCUGCCUAAAUAUAUAUAUCUAUGCAGGGUAACAUUUCCGCCGAAUAAAAGGGAGCCUGGAGUGUAAAUUAUGGUUUUUCAGCCAACCAAUUCUAAUUUCAGGUUUUACACACACUGGGGCUCGCACCCGCGAUCUGUUGACUAGAGGCCAACGCCUUAUCAUUUGAGCCCCCCGACUCGUCUUGUCGGCUGCAAUCGGGUAAAUUAACAAUGACUGAGGGGCGCUCACCGAUAGCGAUAAUGUAUGUGCAUAUGAGUUUAUCUCUACCACUUUCGGAACUCCUGUACACAGGUCUUGCGCCUAUGGCUUUGCUUUAUAAAUGCGCUCUAUUUGAUUCUUUUUUGAAUAGUUCCAUUCAGGUAGACUGAGAAUAUCACGAGUGACUCCCUUACAGAUUACAAUUGGGUUGAUACAAUUCGAAUUAUUUAAAAAUUGAUCAAAUCUGCUUUUGUAAGUGUUGUAUUCUCAACAAUUUUAGUGGAUGAGUACUGCUUCCUGUAAUGGCUGAAAUUUUAUACUCUGCCUUUCUGAUAUGUUCUUCGAAAAAAACCAAAGAGAACUAAUACGAAUACAGAAGAGACGUACACCAUUUAAAAUAUCCUCGAUACUUGCAAAUAAAUAGUUCUAAAUCCUAUUGGUGACAUGGCAGUUGGGCGAAUUAAAGCGAUAUCCACAUAUCUAGCAUCCUUGCCAGCGUAUAAGGACAGGGUGAGUGGAUAUAAUAUCAGGUGGAACGGGUUGGGACUGUGGAAAACGAAAACUGAUUAUAACUAUUAAACGCUGAACUUCUCUUAUUUUGCUUUGAAGCGCCUUACCCGCGUGAGCGUGGAACAGAGGGAACUAGCAUUAACGGCUUUCAUCGUGAACGAUUUGCUAGAGUUGACGCUCUACUCUGACGUUAGUCCUACAAACGGCACCGUAUUGAGCAUCUGCGUCGGUUCUGCCUCGCCAAAGGUUGUUGAAGCGAUUGCACGCUUAGUGAAUGCUUUUGCUUCGCUGGCCCGGGGUCGAGCCUACUUAUCACAGAAUUGCUGCGCUGUAACACUCCUGGCGCGACGAAUAUUUCAGGAGAAGGAGGAGUCUGCAAGUAGAGAAAACAUGAUAGGGGCUCUUCAAAAACUCAGCCUUCGGUAAGAAUCAAGGUUUUAAUUUGUCGAAAUUUACUUGAUUUUCCAUCUUGAUUUAUUUCAUGAACUAAGAGUUCACUUUAUAUGCUCAAAAUGUGUGUUUGUCAAUGUAUGCGGUCUGAUUUAUGUCCUUUUUAUCUAAUCAGAACGUAAUGCGGUAGUUUGGAGUAGAUAGGUUGGAACGAAACUUUAUAAGCUCACUCCUGAAGUUGAUAUGAAUAUCUGGGCCGGAACCCGUUAACGUCUGCAGGACGGCCGCAGGCAGCCAGUAGUAUACACAUGUUGCUUGACUUACCAUGCUGGCAUCACAGGCAAUAGCCAAAAGUCCAGAGAAAUAUUUCGCCGAUAUUCUGUCGCUACAUGACACAACUGCGAGGAGUUCCGCUCAUCGGUCGGCCGCAUAACCCCUCGCCGAUGUGUCCUGCGGCGUCAGAAUAUUGACGAAGCAGAGUCUGGGUUUUUAACUCGGAUAAACUAAUUCACGCGCCAGUCGCCGAUCUUAGGAGUCCAGUAUUUGGAAUUGCGAAAAGUCCCAUAGCGAUAUUCAGAAGGCCAGUUGGCGAGUAUACGUCUGUUUUCGAUACAUUCUCGUCAGGCCGGUACAUUCAUGUGAGAACGGGGUAGAAGCAAAGACAUUUCGGUGAUAAGAGAAACCGAUUAAUAUUCGUCUUAAAACACGGGCGGGGUGUGCAAAUGUGGAGCGAGGGGGGUAAUAGCAGUCAAUGCCAGGGACGGGAUGAGUGUUGCAGUUAGUCGACCUUCGACCACGGUAGAUGCGGAGCCUGAACGUGGUUCUUCUGCGUGAACAAGAUUGGUUUCCGUAACCUGAUGCCAGCCGGUUUUGCUGUUGCUAACAGGCACUGGCUCAGCAGCUUAGGGUAGCUCGGCAGUGCCGUAAACAUCACACGAAAAGCUUCUCUGGGUUCCACACGGUGUCCGGAAUCUACAACGUGCACGAGAAUGGCGCUGCUUAUGCUCCUAGUUUGGCCUUUUCCCAACCAUGCUGGAAAGUGUUUUUGUAUUCUCUUGCAUAAGCGCCGACUCGUGCGACCAAUAUGACCUGCUCCAUAGGAGCAAGUAAAGGAGUUGAUGUACAUUGAGGUGGUCUGAGUUGGCAACUUAUCCUUACCUUCUACGCGCAAAAUAGGGUUAGUAAAAAUGAUAUUUGAACCCUUGCUUUUGGGAAGGUUCGUAAGACCAGCUUGUCCAGUAUUUGGUCAUAUUAAUAUUGAAAAUCGACAGUUUAAACAUUCGCCUAGGUUUGAGGGAAUUUGCUGAUAGGUUGAAAUCAGACGUUUCAACGACAUAUUUACAAGAUAUUUAAGUAUAUCGGUGUACGGCCGCUUUGUAUUUCAAAAAACCUUUAGGCACUGAGGAGUCAUUUGAGUCUAUAAAAGUACAUGAAAUCGGUCAGUUAAAUUCUGAAAACAAACACGAAACUACUCUUAAAUUACGCAAAUUAUUUUUCUUGGAUGAAAAAAAAUCAAUAAGGUACCUUGAAAUUUCUGUGCCUUUUGCUCACAAACUAAGCAGUAGUCAGUAAAACUGUUUAAUCCUCAUUAAGAGAAAAAAAGUAGCUCUAGUCCGUACGCACUCCUUUGGUUGUUUUCAUGUUCUCUGGUUUUUUGGCCAAAAAUAUACUGCUUGUACUGCAUAUAACAGUGCCGGAAGGUCGACUUUGGAAAGGAAAUCCGAAGUUUAAAGAUCCUGCGUCCGCUUUUUCGGUAGAAUCAUGAUGACAUCACUGCUGACUUUCAAAUUUGGAGAAUCAUUAUGGAUUCGAAGUUAUCUCACAAGUCUAUGAGAUGAAUAAUCAAAACCCUGACAUUCUGAAUUAUAAAGACUAUUGAAAAAUUCUGGCUUUUCUCGACAUAUUGAAAAUGUAAGGUAGAAUAAGUACCAGAAGCCUUCUUGCUACUACUUAUGCUGGAUUAGGCUAUCGAAGGACUGUCAAGCUAAUCUAUGAAAGUAACCGAAUAAUAUAUCAUACGGAUCACCCUCAUUCUACGGAGAUUAACUUUCACACUACCUGGGUAGAACCUUUAACGUCGUUACUAUGAGUUUUUGGUUAUGCGUGCUUUAAAAACUGCAGGAAUAUGGUGUUUAGAAGAAGAUGCGAUUAGUGGGACAAGAAGUUUAUUGGUGAACCAUUGAAGCGCGCUAUCGCGACGUCAAUGGCUUUUGUGGCUAGCGCUCCCCCUCUCAUGAGAGUUCACGCGUUUCUAAACUUGCCGGUCAUCUCUUUUGUGUUGUUCGCGAGCUUUUUUGAACUUGUUAGCUGUCGAUGGCACAUAAGACUCCUUGUCCAUCGAGAGAAUUUCCAGUUUUGCCCAGUACUAGGCCUUAUCCAUUACGACCACCCAGCACCCCUUGUCGGCGUGUAGGGUGAACAUAUACUCACUUUUUCGUAUUCUCAAAAGUUCUUGAUCUCCUGCUUUGGGAAUCAUCGUCUGGUGUUUAUGUGUCAUUGCCGACAAUCAACAGGAUAUAGGAAUGCCAGUGAAUGUCCUCAAGGAAUUGUUAUUGAACGUGCAGUUCCUAUUCGACAACAAUCUAUAUAGGCAGAUGGAUGGCGUAGCUAUGGGCUCGCCCCUUGGCCCGCUUUUGGUGAAUAUAUUCAUGGGAAAGUUAUAAGCUUUCCAGUUACGUCACCAGAUCAAUGGUUUAAGAUACUAUGGGCGAUAAGUGGAUGAUAUAUCCGCAAUUGCACCGAAACAAAAAGACAUCUCAAUUCUGCUGCAUGACAUAAAUCAGGCGCACUCAUCAAUAAAAUUCACUCUGGAUGAAGAACAGUCCGGUUCACUUCCCAUUCUGGAUGUGAUUCUGAAUAGAAGGCCUGACGGCAGCAUUCGACGUAGUGUCUAUCGUAAGGAAACGUUGUCCGGACAAAAUUAUUCGGGAAUUAAAAAAGUUUUUUAAAACCGAAUUAUACUCUUCUUUUGAGUAUGAAAUUGGAAGAAGAUGUGAUUUUCUACUGAAUAAGUAAAAGAAUGAAUAUUUUUUUCAUGUUUUCCACGAAAUAUAGUUGCAUUUUCAAGGGCAUCGAAAAUCAAUGAGAAAAUUGCAUACUACUUAAGUAGUCAUUUUUUGCAGAGUAUGGAUCUUGUAUGCAGCCGAAAAUAAGUUCUUUCGAAAGCCGACACGCUGAGGUAACUGGAUCAUUAUAGAUUUAUGCUGCAUCAUUAAAAGUUUUACAACACUACUUAAUUUAUCUUUUUUGAAACGAGGACGCAUUUCGAAAUUUUGGUUGACAUUUCAUGAGUUAGCACAUCUACUGUAGACCCAUUCUGGGAGUUUCGUACCUCUAAUCGUUAAACAUAAUUUAGUCCGCUGUUUGACAGAAAGAGUGAGAAGAAUCUGCUCAGCUGAUAGCGUUGAGAAAGAGCUUAAGAUCACGGAAAACCUUUUUCGCCAGAACGGGUAUCCUGAUCGAUUCAUUACUAAGAACAUGACCGAAAGACCGCAAAAGCACCCGAUACUGACGGCAGGCAAGGAAGGGCUCUUCAUCAGGGUCCCAUUUCAACGGGAUGCAUCAAGUAAACUUUUAAGAAGACACCUAACUCAAACUGUAUCACAGACCUUUCCAGCAACUGACACCCGUGCACUGUUCUCCAACAGUCCCAUCCUAUACGGAGAGGGCAAGGACAAACUACCAGCCCAGACCACCUCAAUGUGUAUUUACUUCUUCACCUGGCCCUGUGGGGCAGAAUAUAUUGGUCGAACGAGCCGGCGUUUAUCCAAAAGAAUAAAAGAACAUCUUCCAGCAUGGUUAGGAAAGGGUCAAAUAAAGAACACUAACAGCUCGAUCCUCGCGCACAUGGUAGAAACAGACCACCGUGUAGACGCCGGAGAGGCCUUCAGAGUGGUUUACAAGGUACCAUAAAGCUAUCCAAAAAUUAAUUGGGCAGCGCGUGUUGGUUAUGGCAAAGACGGCUGCAAUCAGGCUAUGCGGACCGGUCCUAUGCGCACAGAAGAACUUCAUACAGGUCCCAUAGUUGCCAUGGCUCAAAGACACCAAGCCAGCCACCCGCAUGUAAUUACCUUCGCCGGGAUCCACCUUCUCCAUGGCGCUGACUGAAAUUGUGAUUUUUUGCUCUCCCCCUCUCCUCCCCUCCCCAAAUCCGAGCUACAGCUUAAUUAUCAAAUUGCCCAUAUCUUUUAAUUCAUUACUUAAAUGGCCAUAUGAAUGUACAGGCCUGAAGAGAAUUUAUCGAAAGCAGACGUAUGAUGGCCAAAUUGCCUUUAGAGUAGUGAUAUCGACACUUGUUGUCUCAUGGCCCUUUUCGCUCCUUACCCCUCUCACUAGCGAGAGAAUGCACGCGGCGAGGGGCUGAUGAACUUCGGUUCGAUGAAGUGCUUUUGACUCAUCUGGUUGACCCCAGUGGUGGACCACCUGCGCCAGAUGUGUUUGGGCAUGUUUGUGUUUCUGGGUCCAGCUGGUGUCAGGUUUAUGAUUGACUAGAUGAAGGCAGACAAACCCGAAACAACUCUGUACCAAUAUACCCAUCAGAUAGCAGCGAACAGGUGAGUUCCAUGAAGCAGUUCAGAGGAAGAAGAUGCGACCAUUGAGGCGAGAAGUUUAUUGGCCUGACGUUUCGCAUUCUCACUCGAACCCAUCAUCGGAGACGGUUGCAAAUAAAGGUAGUGGAGGCACAAAGACUACAGUCUUUAUAGGACUUAGCUGCCGUGGCGCCGCAUGCGUACUCUAAGUAACAGCUUUCGCAAUCACCGCUGGGCGUCGUAAUUGAUGCGAUGGUGGCUUGUCAGUCCACGUCCGAGUCGUUAAUGGUCGUGAUUUCUUCAUCCGUGUUGAAUGCUGGUGUGAUAAUUGCUCGACAAAUUGGCUCACUGUCACUGGGAUUAUUGCUCGCCCGCGCCCUCCCCACGUAACUGAUUCCCCUGCCCAGGGAAAAUCUCGGCACAGAAUACGACAACGGGAGGUCAUUGCGCUUGUUGAUUGAUUGCGGGUCCAUGAACCACCACUCGGCAGCUCGCGGUUCACGUGGUUGUCACCUCUCGCAAGGAUUUUGACCUCUUGAAACUUGAAAAUAAGGCCGGGUCCCGUCGAAUGUGCCGCCACCUGAGAUCUAGCGUUUUUCGUCCUCACCGCUGCUGCGUACUCGGUCAUCCGCGUCCGGAGUAAUUUCUUAGCUUCUCCGAUGUAGUUUCUUUGACCGUCAUAGUAAACGACUCCAGACCUCUCCUGCCAAGGCAGUGGAUUCCUAGGCCUCAUGGCCUGCCGUCUGAUGGUUGCAUCCGGCCUGUGUGCAACCCAAAUUCCAAGUGAAGUGGGAAGGCGAUUGACGGCUCCUAAGACGUUCUUCACAUUCAGAGUGGUAGCCAAAAUUUGGGGCUGGUUGAAUUUGAUAUCUGGUGCCGUUUACGUAUGCAUUGGUAGACAUAAUUGCGCAAGUAGCCAUUAUCUUCCGGUAUCCAUCGAGCAUAUUGCAAUUAGGGGUUUCUGCAAAAAGUGAUGGAAGAAAAAAUUUAUGGCUCAUUAAAUUAGAAGUACAUCAAACCGGCAUUUCACCUCAAAAAUCUCUACUUAAACUUCUCUUAUGACUCCCUGGUUGGGGUUAGUUUAAGGGGUAUACGUUUUUAAACUUCGGACAGCUACCCAUCUGGAUACGAAAUGCUAGCUAACUCAGUCUAUUCGAUAGUACGAUCGGCUGUUUCCGCAAAAUUGAUGGUUUUUACUACGGUCUAGACGAUUGCUGUCCUCAUUGGUCCACUUACCUCGGCCUACAUUUUUGUUCGUUUUCAAGACCCAAAAACUGUCGUUGGCUACGUUUUAACUGACAGACUGUACACCAUCCCUUAAUUACGUUUUUUGAGGUUGCAAGCAUUUGUAAAGUCCAUCUGGAGGCUUGAAAACAUAGUAGCUUUUUAGAGACUCAGAUUCACAUUGUAAGAAUUUGCCUGAAGGGGUGACUUAUAGCUAACGCACAGGUAACGAAGCUGCGAAAUAGAAAUUUGAAUGAGUGUUUUAGAUACAUUCUUUGGGUCCUUUCUUAUCGCGGUCACCGGUUCGCUUUCGUGCUCAAAAGAAGCUUUGGCUUUGCAUGCUUCAAUCGCACAAGAUCAACUCGCUAUUACUGGGACUGUUGGUUGCCCGCGCCCUCCCCGCGUGACUGAUGACUAUACACAAGCAAAAUCUGAGCACAGACUAUGGUGGAAGAUAUUUGCGCUUAGUAACCGGUUGCGACCCGUAGAACCGUGAAAAAUAAUCCGCAAUCGUGCAUUCCUCGAAUGAGGAGCUUCGCUUAGGCGCUUAAUGCCACCAAAGGCCGGGGGAAUUUAAUGAGUUCAAAAUCCAACCAUGCAUCUUUUGUGUUUAUAACGCUUUUGAGCUUUUACAUGAUUCGCGCAGGCAAUGUCAUUUUGUGGAGACUUUCCAAAAGCAAACUCGUUUGACCUACUUGUGUCUACUGUCCAGCUAUUUCUGGGUUUCUGCCUUUCUGCCUGUACCUGGAUGUAUUAUUUCUGAGUGAGCAUGGCAACGACUGACCUUCGUUUCCUAGCGACGGGAGAAAACCUCAAUUCUAGUAGUUAUCAGGGCUAUUUUCCUCUGCUAAACUCGCCUUUGUCAAUGUUGCAUGCUAGAUAAAAGGCAAAAUCGUUACAUUUCCCCGACCAGCCACGUUUUUCCAAAGUCCCAUAAAAUGGUCUUGAAAGUGUCCGAAGACACAUAUCUUAGGAUAUUUCAGAGCGAAUCAUGCUUGGUGUAGCGUAGAGGCGAAACUUAGUUAUUGAGUUAUUUUAAGUUUUAAGUAUGUGGAUUAUUGAUUUAAAAUCACUCAGUUAUGUUACGCGGAGUCCCAAAGUACGCGUUCUGGCUGGGGUAUAUAAAGAUGUAUUUUGUUAUUUGUUUGGGACUUUAAUCACUUCGUCUUUUAAGCUUAACAAUUUUGCCUAAAAGAUAACUUAUGAGCAGCCUGACAAUGUUUAGACAAAAUUAUUGCUUCUUAACAAGACCUUUGGUAGCGCGCUUCCUGUUUAAAAACUUUUAACCCCUCUGCUUUGCAUGCAUUAUAUGGAGGAGUAGAAGUCACUCCCAGCUUAGUUUUCUGGAUCCAUCUUUAUCUUUCGCAACAUCCAUUGUUAUUUUAAGCCCUAUGCUGAAAUAAUGCAUUGGUUUGCUAUUAAAUUGACGAAGCGUAGCGUUCACGCAUUCUUUUUUGAAGUCGCUAAAUGGUAUCUUUUUCCAGUCUGGUGGAAUUAAUAAAUGACAUUUUGACUGUCGUUUCCAGUGAUGUCCAUCGUGUGUCCCACAUCAGAGUGGGACCAGGCACGGUGACUUGCGCAGUAUCUACCACACUCAUCUCUAUUUGGGGCCGGCAUCAUGACAGGGUCAGAGAGAUGGGGGCGGAAGAGGGCGCAGGUGGCUGGCACAACAAACACCGUAACUAAGGGUGCCACCACAACAGCUCGGAUCCAACUGAGUCGCAGUGUCAUAAAGGCCACAUUAAGAAGAAGUCAUUGCAGCCUGACUCGGUCCACCAGUCAGCCACUCGAAUCCCAUACACACAAGUGAACUGAUCGCAUGGUUUGAGUCAUCCUGUCAGUUUUCAGCCCGCCAAGGCACGGUUUUUAGCUCACCGUGAUAAUCUCAAUCGUGAGGAGUAUGUGCUGAGGCCGUCGACCUCAUUCAGUCUACCCCAUCCCCUACGCCAACCGACGUUUCGGGCCGGUCAACCAACUGAUGCUGGGGUUGGGAAAGGUGGCUGACAGAGCUGGGAACGACUCGUCUGCACGUGUCGCACACGACCUGUUUCCCAUGUGCACGAGUCGGGAUUUGACACAGGGGGGUAGACCGCUCUGAUUCCACACGCAGCAGAUGAGCCACAUGAAGAAUGGGCCGAAAAGCACACUACCCACUUACGCGAGAGGUACCGAUGGCGUGGGAUUUUGGAAGAGUUUGUGCGUGGGACAUGUUUUGAUGGGUGAAUGUAGAGCGAUGUGGUCAUGUCUGUGGGGAGUUGCCGCAGGGUUUCAUGAGUGCGCAUGUGACCGAAUAGGUUUAUGUAAUGGCUGAAUGUGCGGAGGCAGUGUUGACAGUUGGAACGAUGGCGUUUGGUGUAUGUAUUUUGUGAUGGAAUCGCAAGUGGCCGACCAGAUCGAUGCGUUAGGUGAACGUAUGGUGACAGUGUGGGCAGGACAGGUCGGGAGAUGUUAGGUCGGUUGUGGGUGUGGUGCUCCCGAUGCUGGGUGCACUGGUUGAUGGGAUGUUGGUUAGGCUGGGGAUGAGAGAAUUGGCGGAUUUGCAAAGUGUGCUAGAUGUGUCGACACUGUAGCGAAUUCCACUUUUGUGGAAACGCUUAUGACUACAUAGGCCCAUGCAGUGAAAAAACGUGUGUGGACAGUGAAAGCGCACGCAGAAAGUGUUUAUGGGGCUCUUGACGCUGGUGCGCCGGUCGCAGUGCAAUGAACUCACAAGUAAUCGAUCAGGCCGAUGCGUGAGGGGAGUGUGCGUUCGCAAUAGGGACAAAUAAGGACCAAGUGCACAUCGCUGGAAGUGCGGGUGGUGAUGGCGAGGGUGGUGGUUGGGGGCCGUCAAAAACGUUUUGACCGUUGGUGAGAGUGAGGGUAGUGGUUGCCGCCGUCGCCACUGCGGAGGCUGUGGCAGGUAUGAUGAACAUGGGGGUGAUUGACGGCGACGAGGCACGGGGAUUUUGAGCACCGAUACCGAGGGGGGUUGUCGUCGUGGACGACGGGGGCGGGGGGAGGGUGGCUGUGGAACAGGAGCGGUCGUUAAAGGAGCAGUUUGGGUUGUCGUGCUUCUGGUGCAUUUUAUCCGGAGAUGUCCGAAGAGGCUGAACUGCGCGCGGAAUGUCCGUUGACGGCGCGGGCAAGUUGGGAGGGGUUGGAUGUUGGCGUUGUGGGUCAAGGGCUCCUAAGACUUGCAAAGUUUUCUUUUGGCUCUGGCAAUGACGACCCUGUUAGCUUCGUGGAUUGCUGCUUCAGUCUUCACGACUCUUCUCUAGGCCAGUAGGUUCUGUGCAGUGUCCUCCCAGGUAUUCUGAUUGAUAUGUAGGCGCUUCAUGGAAUUCUUCAAGGAUUCCUUGUGACAGCGUGCUUGACCUCCCUUUCGGUGAGCACCCGUGUCAAAAUCCUCGUAGAAAAGCCGUUUGGGUAGUCAUUCAUCGUCCAUCCUGACGAGGUGGACACUCCAUUGUAGCUGUAGUUGUCUCAGUAUGAUGUGAACGCUGAGAAUUUCGGUCCGUUCGAAAACUUAUAUGUCCGGGAUCCUGUCCAACCCCCUCAGCUUUAGUAUCCGCCGGGUCAACUCAGGUAGAAAUAAUUAAGUUUUCGCGCUUUUAUCUUAUGGAUUGUUUAAGUCUCCGCACCAUAAAGUGGCGUCGUCAAGAUGACAGCUUUGUACAUCUCCAGUUUGAUGCCGAGGUAGAGACCGGAGGCGAUUUCACUGUAUGCAGAUUUGGAUGAUGAUUGGUGCACGGCCACGUUUUGUCCGUGCCGGUGGUCAGUCGUAGGUUGGCGCAGCCGAAGGUGAAAAGGUUCAUGCCUAGUUAAGUGUCUGUUUCUGUUCGCCGUUGAGUGUGCAUUUUUACGCGAAAAGCAGGUCGUGGACAGAAGUUGUUGAGAGAUGUCUUGGGACCUGCAUGUGUCGGCUGUUGAGAUGGCCGUCGGUGCUGUAAUCACACGAUAGUGGUUAACAGUGAAUUUGUCUUAAAUAAACUGUUUAAGUAUCACACGGUUACUUCGAAGAGAACGGACGCGCAAGACCCUGACAAGUUGAUUAGUCCUGCAUGUUAAAGGAUAAUUCCUGUAUUUUUUUCGGCUUGCGUUACGUUGACUAAGAUGGAUAGUCUUGAAAUAGGACUUAAGUCGGCGACUUGCCCAGUCAUAAACUCACACAGCGAGAACUGAGGGGUGUGCUUUAGCCGGCCUUGGGUCAAUUCACUUUCCACGCACCUGUCCGUUCUGUCCUUUAUCGGUUAAUGCCUACUUUUACAUAUAUGUUUUGCCUAUUCUCUUCUGCUUGUGACAACGCGGGCGUGGGUAACAGGCCAUUUUGUCUAUUUAUAGUGCCUUUCCCUUUCACUUCAGAAUUUUCGACUACCUUUAUUUUCUUGUAUUUAACUUAAUUAACGGGAGAGGGUCGAUUCCCAAACUUGACCUCGGAAGGACUGCAAGAUCAAGGAACUAACAAGACAACACAAUUUGCAUUCUCAUGCAGACUCCACCUUAAAAUUCCCUGACUCUUUUAAUUAGCACCUACUGAGUGGGCUGUCACUUUUACAAGCUCUAACAUUAACAUAGAGAAUCACACACAGAAAUAAGUUAAAAUCAUCUUGUGGUUUUCGGUGCAAACUGCCCUCAGUAUCGGUCUGGCUGAAUCGUUUGCACAUAAUAUAAGUAUCUGACUCCAGAUAUUUUAUAUGCUAGGUCGUGCAACUUGGCAUGACGGACUAAAUGCUUCUCAAACACGUCGAUGAGGAUUUCUGCAAUAAACCUUUACGCUGUCUACCAAUCAAAUGCUUUUAGCCCGCAGUCUUCCAUUUGCGUUCAAACCAGUUGGAAGAAACAAGUAAAUCUAAUGGGGAACCAGGAACCAGACUCAAAUAGUUGCUGUCGUUAACGAUAUUCUGCGGUUCCAUUCCGAAAGCUCCAUUAUGGGCGACUUCCACUUCAUCCUCUUCCUUACGUGCUACCUUCCCUUCCUUCUUUAUCAUCGCUAAUCUCUUUUGACUUUGCGUCGGUCGCAAUUUGUUAAUGUGAGCCGUUUAACUUUGAAGCGAGGAUGGAAAUUAGUUGACGAUUAUACCCUAGGCAGGUGUUUCCUGAUCUAACCAAUGCAACCUUGUAUCUCGCUUCCUGUCAUUGGAACUGCAUUUAUCUUAGUCUUUUAUUUCGCUGGCCUACUGCAGAGGUGCGAAUAACUACUGACAGCUAAAGUAGUCAUCUUAGGCCCUUUUUAACAGGAGCAAUAAAUAGGAGAGUUGUUUCGGACGCAUUUUCGGUCCUCUUGAGCUUGAUAAUUACUCGACUGCAAGAUCGCUAUUUUUGAAAGUCAUUUUUGUCUAGUCUAUAUUUAGAGAAGCAACUAUUUCUUGUGCCUUAACAGGGCCGACCGUUUUUACUCUACGAGUUUUACGCCAAAAUAGAACGUUUUUCCCGCAUUACAAAAUAGACCAUUGAACAACGAACUACUGGUAUUUGUGGAUUAUAAAUUCUAAUUGAUUUAGGUGACACAAAUUAAAGGGGAAUACUAUGUAAACUAGGCAAAUAAACGCAAGCAGGCGAAUAAGCGGAGUGCUGGCUGCUCCUGUCGAUAAUAUCGAUCGACUUCUUUGUGGGGCUUUGUAUUUUUUUAGGACACUGUGUGCUCCCCGAACUCACAGUCUAGAAAAUCGGAUAAAGGGCACAGAAACUCUUAAUGCGUUUCAUUUUUCACAGUGAUCUGACCAAUCGCAAUCUAUCUAUGUGCACCAUCCUGCUUUGUAAAAUUUCAACGACUUUUCUGCUAAUAACUUGACGAGUAUUCAGGUGAUCCUUUUCGAACACUGUCGAACUGCACUUUUGCUUUUAUGCAGAGGAUCAAUGCAGACUGCAAUGGUAGAACUUGGCAUGGUUGAGUGGCUGGUGGAUCUACUUGAACUCACUGACAACCAAUCGGACUACACGCUGGAGUACGCGGUGGCGUUGUUCAUGAAUCUCUGUCUUCGGACUGCAGGUUUUCCACUAAAUUUUGACAAACUUUCAUUGCGCUAAUGUCUCGGCGUCUCUGAAACUCCAUUAAGAAUAUGUUAAGGUAUCUAUCUAUUCUCUCAAAUCGCUCUGCGUUGAAUUGAAGUUGUGUCGGCCGCAAGUGGUUUCCGAAUGAGUUUAGGAACUUCUGCCGACCUGGGCUUUUUAAUUAUGUCAGAUCAGUGAUAAAAACUUAUUGCGAAACUGGAUUUAUGGACAAAAUUAUAUAGCAUUGGCAGUAAACUGAAACCGCAUCUCUGCGAAUUGUUGGCAUAGUGGCAACGUUUAAUAGAGAUCAAGAAAACCUAAGGGCUACUGGAUAUUUUGUACAAAAUCUAUCAGCAAAUACAAGUUACUAUAUUUAAACUACUGCAGAAAGUUUAAGAACCUUCUUCUGCGCUAUCUAAGCAGGCAGUAUCUAUACAGCAGGAAGUUACUCACAUGGGGAAUGUUUAUCACUAACCCUGCAUCCUAUUGAAGUAUUUUUUGCUCAUCCCCAUUAAAAUCAUCAUCAGAAUUCAGUUUUACGAACAAGUGUCUCCGAGAACUGAAGGCGUAUUAUCCUUGGAGCUGCCUAUAAGGGAUUUCUCAUCGUAUGUCUCAUCACAUUAUCAGCAGGAGGGAUGUUGGGAGAAUCUUAUAUAGUGUUUCUGAUGACCCAGCGGACAUACUUUUGUAAAUUUCUAGGCAAGCAACGCUGUGUACCGAUGAGUAACCGAGUUCUCAAAUUGCUGACGGAUCUUAUUAGUCACGAGAAUACCAGCAUCCUCUCCUACGUCAAUGGGGCCCUCUUUUCCAUCCUCUCACUCCCAGAGCUACAACGUACGGCCGAAGCCAUGGUAACUUGUAGAAAAGUUUGUUUCUGUUCGCCGAAGUUUAUAUUUUAUGGAGUCUGGACACACCUGCACUUUAUCCCACUUGGGAGCGUUCAGCCUCCUAUCCACAGCGACAAUUUAAACAAAAUUGAUCGCAAUUUCCGCAGUUAAGUCGGCGGUUUCCAGACUUAGCAUCCAAAAUUUUGUUCAUUGAUCUCACUUAUUAGCCUGUUUGCAAUUGCUUAAGCGUGAUUCACGGGAAGCAUUAGCAGGUAAAUGUCUUUCAUUCCCGACUUCGUUUAUUCGUAUUGUCCCGUGGCCGGGCUGCCCAGGGUACCCCCCUUCCUCAUUUUCACUCCUAUGCCAACUGUUCUGUCACUAUACCAGAGAAGUCUCUUCUCCCUAAAUUUUGUUCACUUAUCACAUCGAACCGAAACAUACACGCACGACGUACUGAUAAACGGUAACGACCGCGAAACAACUGCCUGCGUCUGGCCUGUUGUACUUUUAAAGAGCUGUCUAUGGAAUAUAAAUAUAAAUGUAAUGGUAGAGGGGCGCUCACCGAUCGUUUCUACGGAACUCACUCUUAUUGUUGUGCCCUAAGGGCUCUCUCUCGAGCCCAACCAGCGGCCGCACAGCUGCGCAUGAUAUAAGCAGGAUGGUAUUAUCGACAAAAACAAGGGAGACUGGAAUGGCCCUUUUUGGCAUAUUAGCCGUCGUCAGCCAGCCAUACCAAAACCCCGAAGUGUGGAACACCUGGGGCUCGAUCCCGCGACCUGUUAUUUAGAUGUGCAACGCCUCUAACCACUGAGCCACGGGCUAGUGUCCUGUCGGUUGCGAUCGGGAAUAUACAAUGGUAGAGGGGUGCUUACCGAUCGUUUCUACGGAACUCACUCGUUCCGAUCGAAAACCGACAGGGCAACGGGCUCGUGGCCCAGUGGUUAGAGGCGUUGGACUUCUAACUACCAGGUCGCGAGUUUGAGCCCCGGGUGUUUCACACUUCGGGACUUUGUUAUGACUGGUUGACGAUGGCUAAUAAGUCAAAAUGGCCAUUCCAGUCUCCCUUGUCUUUGUCGUUAAUAACAGUCUGCCUAUAUCAUGCGCCGCUGUGCGUCUGCUGGUUGGGCUCGAGAGAGAGGUCGUAAGGUACAAACGGAACGAGUGAGUUCCGUAAGAACGAUCGGUAAGCGCCUCUACCAUUAUCUAAAUGUAUAUAUCAGAGGAAAGACGACAGAGUCUGGGGAGUAGAUGGAUACAGAACUGUUUCGGGCUUGUUUACCUUUAUUCAGCCAAUCAUAUCCCUGACCACCAGCUGGGACCGGAUGUACAGACAUGCGCUGUCACACCUGGCGCAGCUGGUCCACCUCUGAGAUAGAUAAUAUAUAUAUAUAUAUGCUGGAAAACGGGCAUCCCAAGAAAUUUAAUUGAAAAUAAGUAAGAUUCUUUGGGAAGGGAAUAAACUUUAAUGAGUAAAUUUUCGAGUCUGGAUCCCCAGCUCGUCGUCAGACUUUUGGGCAAUGUACAAAAACAAUUAACUAUUUAACCGUGUCAAACAAGUGAUUCUAUGGUUGGCCGAAGUCUGCGCCAAUGCGCGUCAACGAUUUCGUCAUCCCUUCGGCAUUGGCUGCGCUCGCUUCCAUUUGUCCUUGAGAAAUUUGUAUGUGGCAUCUAAAUCGAUAUGCCGAUUGAUGCAUGCCUCAUCUGAGUGCAUUGCUUCCAGGAAUUCGCGGCCUUUCCUUAUUGGGCAGGCGCCAACAAUGCGGGUGUUCUCCCAUGCAAAUUUGUGUCCAGUGUCCAGUGUGUGCAUAGCCACCUGGGAUAAAUGAUCUCGUCUCCUCACCGCUAACUGAUGCUCAUGUAAGCGGGUAGAGGCGGAUUUCCCAGUUUGGCCACAAUACACGGCAUCACAACUGGAACAUGGUAUCUUGUAGACAUGCAUCAAUCGGCAUAUCGAUUUAGAUGCCACAUACAAAUUUCUCAAGGACAAAUGGAAGCGAGCGCAGCCAAUGCCGAAGGGAUGACGAAAUCGUUGACGCGCAUUGGCGCAGACUUCGGCCAACCAUAGAAUCACUUGUUUGACACGGUUAAAUAGUUAAUUGUUUUUGUACAUUGCCCAAAAGUCUGACGACGAGCUGGGGAUCCAGACUCGAAAAUUUACUCAUUAAAGUUUAUUCCCUUCCCAAAGAAUCUUACUUAUUUUCAAUAUAUAUAUAUGUAUAUAAUGUUAGGGGGCGCUCACCGAUCGUUCAUACGGAACUCACUCGUUCCGUUGUGCCUUAAGGGCUCUCUCUCGAGCCCAACCAGCAGCCGCGCAGCGGCGCAUGAUAUAUAGGCAGAAUGAUAUUACCGACAAAGACAAGGGAGACUGGAAUGGCCAUUUCUGGCUUAUUAGCCGUCGUCAGCCAGCCAUACCCAAGCCCGAAGUGUGGAACACCCGAGCCUCGAACUCGCGACCUGUUGGUUUAGAAGUCACGAUCGAAAACCGACAGGGCAACGGGCUCGUGGCCCGGUGAGUAGAGGCGUUGACUUCUAAACCAACAGGUCGCGAGUUCGAGGCUCGGGUGUUCCACACUUCAGGCUUGGGUAUGGGUGGCUGAUGACGGCUAAUAAGCCAGAAAUGGCCAUUCCAGUCUCCCUUGUCUUUGUCGGUAAUAUCAUUCUGCCUAUAUAUAUAUAUAUAGCACAGCAGUUUUACCAUAUUCCCAACAUAGGCAUUAACUAAAGGCCCAGAAACGUGCUUUUCCUAUGUGUCUCCUGAUGGAUGAUGCAAAUGCGAGGGGUUUGGCUCCUCAGUACGUCCUCUAGCGUCCGCUACCCUGGUUUCUGAUAUAAAAACUCCAGCUAAAUAUCAAUCUAAUAUUUUUAGGAAUUAUUCAACGCAGAGCUUGGAGUUAGGUGCGCGGGACACGACUCUCUAGGGUCAGUUCUUAAAGUCUAAUUAGCAUUUGAGUUAAGGAAAAUCAUCUGCGUAAUAACCGUGUAAUGCCUAUUAUAAAAACGGGUGGUUCUAGCAGUAGUUUAAUUUCCAUUUGACAAAGGCAUUGCUACACCCCUAAAAUAGGCACCAGCUAAAUGCUCAGACACUUGUUUCACUGGUGUUUCUGCUGCUAUAUGACUCAAUAGCGGCGGUUUCAGCUCCUCGGUGAGCUCUUCAACUUAGGUAUUGAAUCGAAUUUCGGGACUGACCCCAAAAACUCAUGCCCCGAGCUCUCGACCCAAAAUCCCGCCUUUAAAGACUUCCGUCUUUUUAGUCCGAGUUAUGUAUGUAUAUUUAUUCGAAGAAAAAUUAGUUCUUUGAGAAACUAAACAAACUUUAGUUUACACAUUUUCGACUCUGGUUCCACAGGUCGUCAUCAGACGUGUAGAAGGCGUGAAAAACAGUUGAAAUUUAAACAUGCCCGAAAAAUAGAUAUUACUUUGUCAGUGCAGAGGAUGAGCCGAGGCUGUGGGCUGACGUCACGUUUUAAUGAGUUAUCACCUUUUCCAUUUUUCUUUGAGAUUUGUGUACAUGGCGCCCAGAUCGAUGCGCCGAUGGAUGGAUGAAUCAUUGCAGUUAGUGGCCUCUAGAAAUUCUCGGCCUUUCUUGUAUGGGCAGGAACCGGCAAUGCGUGCUUUCUCCCAACCCAAUUUCUACCUAAUUUCUUCGAAUUAUGUUUCUUGAGAUGCCCAUCUUCCAGUACAUAUAUAUUUAUUUAUGUGUAUAUUGUACCGUUCCUUGCUGGAAUUGUCCGACUUAACUGCAUGCGCCGUUUAUCUUAGCUUCACUUACGGCGAGGCCCUAACUGCUUUUAGGAAUUAGAAUGGAAGAUUUGGCAUUAAUUUCUAUCCUCGUUUUCUCAUACGCCCCCUUACUUUUGGUAGGACCUUGAAGGCAUACUUCGGUGCUUUAUGCGGAGCGAUCAACCAGAGUUGAACCGCCAGUUUGAAUUCAUCAUUAAACAGAUGAAUUCGGGUAAGGAACGGUUCCAGUAACAGUGUUAUCUUAUAGAGUACUUUUCAUUUGGAAGCUUUUAUUACCGAAGAAUUUGGUUCGUUGCAUUUCUAGUUUGUCUGUUCGCUUCAAACAACCGUUAACCCCCACCCGUUGACACCUACUUGUAUGUCUCUCCGAAAUGGGACCUAGGCCUGAGUUUUGGUGAUUGAGAUGCACCAACUGUCACAUCUGCUACAACCUUUUAACUCUAUCAGAUAAGUCAGACAUUAGAGACUGUCCUCAGAACGUCGCCUACGCAAUCGAUCAGGGGAUACCUAUCCCAGGAACACCACCUGCUACGGUUUGGGGAGGCGUGCGUUAUCUACAGCACUUCAUGCGCUUGCUGCUGGCAGAAGGACGGAACCAGGGGACAGGUUGUGUGUACUUGGAUCACACGUUGACGGAAAGACCCGUUAUCGUUCUUGAGCAAGAUCACCCCUUCAACUUUGUUGCCGCGUUGUUAAUCGGGUGCGGUGCCAGUAAGACUGCACGCAUGGUGCGGGAGGAGUGGAAACCAGGUCCCACAUAGUUGCAAAGACAUUUCUGUAAAUUUGUCAUGCACCACUCUCAGUGUUGAAUUAACAGGACAGAGAAUUGCCACUGUUUGUCUUUGAAGGCUCAACGCGGGUGCAGCACGUCGCUGCUGCUCUUAACUUAUUAUGAACGCCUAAGUCAUGCAUGAAAGAUGUGCGUGUGUAUAACCUGAAAAUAUCACUUUUCUUGCGUUUGUCCUUCAUAAGAUGUUCAGUAUGGAAUAUUCAGACUGCCUGUAUUUGGCGCCGGCUAUCGAAUUCCAGAAGUUAAUCGUUUGGUAGUAUCGUGAGAAGUUCAAAAUGAUUCUGCAGAUGUUCUGUCGCCCUCUUCUCCCUUUUAACUGUGCUUCCGCUUUUAGUUGACAUCCAGUCAGCCAACGAUUCCAAUGAUGAGGACGACGAUGAGUACGACGAUGAGGUGAGUUAUGGCGUUUUCAGAGUUAGUACAAUGUGCAUUCAGCGCAUACCCUGACAUCAGAGGUUUAAAAAAGCACUUUAGCGGUUGUCGUAUGCAAGAUUGAAAGUAUCUUUCCCAUAACCUUGCUAUGCACACACUUUUGAAGUAGUUGAAAGUAGGUUCUACUGUUAGCCUGACCAUACAUCGGUUGAACAACUGACGUCUCAUGGGGAUUAGGGGGGUAUCAAACGGUGAACAGCUGGAAGGUACUCAGACAAGGAUUGGGGCUGGCAGAGUUAAGAAGAUGGAAUAAGAAUGGCAAACUACGAGGUUAAGGGUUUGCUUAUGCAAAAUUUAGAUGAUUAUAAAUUUAUGGAAGACAGUAUUUUGCUUUGCAGUAACGUCUACCUUUACAAGUGUCCGCCUUUCCCCAGAAUAUUCUUCGGCUUGCCGACUUCAUCAAAAAAUUUUCUCGAAUGUAGUCGAAUACAUAAAUAUGUUUCCAAGAUAACCCGACAUUGUUUUCCUGGUCCCCUCGAGUCCGCUUAUAUGCACUAAAACGUGUAAAUUCAAGCGUACUUCGUCGGCGUUACCCUUAGAAAAGCAGGGUGAUGUUAGUCAACAUUCCGCGCUAUUUGGAAUAUUUAUUUAGAUCGUUUAGUCACCUGUUUGCCCUGCAUGGCCGGAUUUCAGUGCAUUGAUAAGCUUAAAAUCGGAAUCGCGAUCAGGAAUCUGCCUGAAUUUUCCAGAUGGGCGGGAAUUUGGUUCCCCAACGCCAUAACCCCUCAAAGCCGUAUUAAGUCUCCCUCGACUUGUCUAAUUUUCGUAGACAAGCUCUGGCUUAUCAUCCAAAAACGUCAGGAAUAUUUUGUACUGUCCUUAAUCAAGGAGUUUUUUAAUAAUUAUUUAAAUACUGCACAAUUUUACACGGUCCAUUUGAUGGUUUGCUGUGGAAGAACUCAAAUGCUUUCAAAAAGGCAACCUGAGAUGAUUGUUGCCGAAUCAUAGCCGUUAUCAUAAAACCUCACUCUGCCCAAGUUCAAGGUGGUUGUGACCUGAAGCUGCCUUAAAACAGACGGAAAUCCAUUGCGUUAACUAUCGAGCUUUGUACGAGCUCUGUCCAUCGAGAUAGAGAAUGCUUACAUGGAUAAUUAUUUAAGGACGCUGAUCUAGCUCUUGCAUAUGAGGAGUUUUUAGUUAGAGUCCACUUCCAUUCUCAUCAGUCGAAACAUCCAGGUACUUUUCCACCUAUUUAUGACACUUCAGCUACUUAUGUAUGAAUUAUACGCUGUUGGUCAAAAACGUGAGUCACUCAGUGAACACUGUUAAACUGGGUAAUCAAGCAGACUUCGUGGUUCUUAUAAUUCGCCUUGCCUUUGACCAACUUACUUUAAGGCAAUAUAAAUAAGUGUAACAGCAAUAAAAUAAUAAUGAUGAAAUGGCAAAAUAUUGAUAAAAUGCAUGAAAAUUGCAUUUGAAGAAAUUGAGAUUAGCGAGCACACUUCAUCUAUCAUUCAUUGUCAGGCAGGGAAAAGUCAUCACUUCGGUCCGCAUGUGCUUCGUCGGUCUAAAUGACGUGGUGCAGUGCGGGUAGUAAUGUCUGGGGUUCAGUAGCCGAAGAACCUUAACAAGUGCCCAGUGCGAACGCAGGACCAGGCUGGCUAACCGCACGGCCACCGUCUCUGCCAUCGCACGUAUCCACUGGCGUAGGAAUUUGCAGAGUUUCGCCGACGUCUUGUAAAUUACUCAAAAUUCCUGACUGACAUCUGCUCGAUGACUGCUGUCAAUCAGGCGAAAGACGAUUUUACCUUUUUGUUGCCAGCCAUGAAUAACUUGGUGCACAUAUCUUUCCAUAACCCGUACUGACCACAAGGGUUGUACUUUGAUUUUAGGUCCAACCACUCACCUCGUUCUAUAUUGUUAAGAUUGCGAACGACGAAAAAGCUGUCUUUUUCUUAUUUUUUAUGUAUGUAGGAAGAUGCCGAACAGAUGGAGCAUGAAAUUGACAAGGACGAUGAGUUCUUCGAGAUGAACAGUAGACGCCCGCCGUUUGGUAGUCGUGCACCCACAGAGAAUCGUCCUGCCUACCCCAACUCCCAUGGAUAUGAGCUGACUGGCGAACAACUUCUACAAAAAGAUUAUAGAGUGAUGAAGGAGGCCAGCAAGGGCGGUAAGAUGGGUCAGGGGACCCCAAAUCUUGGUCUGCAACACAUCCAGCACUAUGAGACGGAGAGCCAUCUCAAUGGCGCCGGUCUCCUGCGUCGUCCUUCGACACCCGGUCGGGCUCGUGCGGGAAUGGACUCUCAGCUUCACCAGUCAACAAACUCUAAAAACUGGCAAGUCCUGGUAGUUUAAAUUAUCUUCUACCGUUUUGGCGCUUGGAGAAUUGCCGCAGUCGUCACACAAACACUUGGUGGCUAAGGACUUCGUUUUUAAUUACUUCAUUAGCUUUGUCAGAAAGGUAGCUUGCACUUUGAUAAUUCAUCCUUCUAGUCGUUACAAUCACUUUGUAUGGAAAGCACUUGAAAAAAGACGUCAGCCUUCCAAGAUUUUGAAUUAUGCGUCAGAUCGCAGUGUCAUUUUGAUGAUACAACGUGUAUUCGGACUGGGAAAACCAUUUUAGGGUCACAGUUGGAACAUCCGUCCUUGAGCUCAAGGCCUAAGAUGUAGUGGUCACGAUUUAAUGUUCCGACAGGAUUACACCUUCAUUCCUCUUCGUACGUUCGUGCUUAUUGCCGUGCAAAUAUUCGCUCUAGUCCUCCUGCCCUCUCGUGAUUACGCGAACGCACGAUCCAAGUGCAUGAUUUUUCCAAUAUUCCCUCCUCAAAUUUACGCUUACACAGAAAUAAUGAUCUCUUUAAACUAACCUAGUUUUGCUUUUUUCAGGAAAUCUAGAAGCACACCAACGCCACCAGCUAUUCCUGAAGACAAUGCUCCUAGAAAUAACAACCCGUUGGCGAACGCAGGUAGGGGUUCGAAUUUUGGACUUUUUGAUUCUUACACAUGGGGUAGUUUAGCCUUUUGAGGCUUUUUCUCUUUUAUCGUUUCAUGCCUCCCGAUGUAAUAACGCGUAGCCCCGAGUCAGGGCACAGGCACACUAAACGGGCUCGCGAAGACAUUUUCCGAUUCGCCAAGUCAUCCGCAGAGAGAUGCCAUUCUUUAGAAGAUGUCACAGUUCCACCACAUUCACAGCUGUGAAGAGUAGAUGGUCGCAAAAGCGAAGGCCACUUUUUAAACAAAGAUUUUUUGUUCACGUUUCUCAAAACGAAAUUUGCAUUCCGAAACAGUUUCGCCCAUUUUUACCGAUUUAAGUACUUAUUAUUGUGAUUUAUGCCUUUGGAGAGCUCACUUUAGUCUCCUGCUCAAUUUUGUUAAAGACAUAAUGAAGAUUUCACACGAGGAUGGGACGAAGACUUCCACAAAUGCCAAGCAAACGUCUUCAGCGGGCAGUUCCAACCUAGAGAGCCAUCCUGAGUAUCAGAAGGCCUUUAAUAGCCGCCCUCGGAUUCUGAGAACCCCUGAACACAGGAAGGUGGCUGUUUCAAUGGAGCGUAGUCUACCAAGGGGCGACGCUGUGAGCACUGACCGACCUGGCAACUCACGUUCUACCCGAACACGACCUACUUCAGGUAGGAAGGCAAACUUCCAUUGAGAUACAUUCACGUCCUCGAACCCUUUUCCAGCUACCCAAGACCCGGACUUUGAAGCUCCCAAGUAGCAGAGGAAAAGGGAAUUGACGAGUUUUACUGGCCAGAAGACAGAAAACAGUGUUUUAACUUUCCCUCUGCUAGCCUGAUCUUCGAUUCAAUUAUAGUGGUCUACAUACGCACAUUGUCUUAGCAGUCAUAAAUCCUCUCCUUCCAAAUUGUUCAAUUAAAUUCGGUUUGAAGAAACCUCCGUAAUUUGUGGUACGGACAAGGCAGUUAUCUUCCGCCUGAGGGUGAGUCUGGACCACCUGAUCUAGCCAUCGCAGCCUUCCGGAUUGAGACUUUAACCUCUGAGGAUGGGGAGCUAAUUAGCAUUACCUGAUUAAAGUCACUGAUUGAAGCAAUGAUUUCCCGGAAUACAUUUGAAUAAGGCAAACGCGCCUCUGUCGCCUUCGCCUUAUUCAAGUCAUUGAACAAAUAAGAUACGAGGUAUGCAGUGUGGCAUUUACAGGUACCAUACAGCGCCCCCACGCGCAUUUGGGAGGCAGUCGUAUACCUCAUCAGUUAAUUCUAUGUGCAAUGCGGUAUCCGACAUUAUGACCAUGUUAUCAGCGUACUUGGUGUGGAACUACAGUUUAGAGAGACUUAUUUAACCUGCUCACCUCCUGGUUGAACAUAAAGUUGGAAUUAUAUGCUUUGGUCGACACUCCCACCAACGAAAUUAUUUUCUAAGGUUAUGCUGCCUGCUGCAUGACUGGCUAUAAAAUCGUUUGCACGUGGUGCCCUACUGUAACCAAAGUUAUACUCCGUGAAAUUCCUCCAUAGUCCUCUAUUUUUUACCGGAACCCAUUGUUAUACAACUCGACCAGUGACUGAGGGGCGAGACUCAGUUUUAGAUUUUGGACCACGAGUCGGGCUCCAGCUGACUUGGGAUGAAUAUACUUAAUUAAAGUCUGUCCGUCUGCCUGGCAAGAAGUUAUGCUUUGCUUGAUUUCGAUGCAUGUGUCAUUGCCCACCAGUUGUAUGGCCAUCUACUGACAGUUCGGCGAUUGCUUCAGAGGUCAUUACCCAGCCGUUGCUACUGCCGUACUUUAUAUAAGAACUAUAUGCAUUUCAAGCUGAAUUUUUUCUAUUGAAUAUAGGAAGCUCUUACUUCAACUAAGACUAGCUUGUUGCCCCGCCCGAAAAUUCCAUCGAGAGCUUAGCAGUUCAGGGCUGUUGGGGUGCUUCCAGUUAGCCCCACGGACUGCUCCAUUAAUUGUUUCCUUCAUAAAUGGAAGCCUGGAAGAUCCAGUCUAGGAGUGUUCGACAGUCAACUUCCCUAAGUUGUGUGCUCUGGAACUGGCUCCGCCCCACACUUUUUUCGACUUUGUUCGACAGGCUGCUUAAUGCGAUCAAUGCCUACUCAAAUUGUUUUAUCUUUUAAACUGGAAGUCACUUUCACACCUUUAAUCAGGUCCGAAUCAGGUUCGAUGAUUUGCAAUAAUGCUGUAUUAGAAGCAAAAGGACUAUACUCCUUAGGAAACACUAUUUUUCCUCCGUUACGAAAGGAUAAAGUGAAUGCGGGACUUAGAAAGGCUCAAUUUGCCAAGCGCGCUAACCGUCACCGGUUAAGCUCAUGCGAAAUGCACAUUGGAGUCACGAAUAACGUUUACUGCACCGAGAUUCCAAUAACUGUUAUUGUAUAAAUUGGAUUGUAAUGUCUCAGUAAAUAGUAGAUUACAAUAGUUACGUGUCUUGCAUUUACGAACGCUUCGCACGCGUCUCCAAUUACUAUUGGUGUCGAAUAAGUUAUCGCCCUGAGCGCAGGGCUGGGGGAUUCGGCUGCACUUGACCUUAUAUAUGUUUAUAUUAAUUUGUUUAUGCACAUGUAUAUACGUAUGUAUAUACGUAUAUAUAUAUAUAUAUAUAUAUUGAAAAAGGAAGAGGUUCUCGGAAUGCCUACCACUUCUACUCUACAACAUAUAUAUAUAUAUACGUAUGUAUACAUUAGCUGAUCCGACUCAUUAAAUGCUUGAUGAAAUUCUAAAAUGUAUUUUGGAUAAGAAGGGAUCGCUGAGAUGGAACUGUAAGAUUGAGUAUAGUGCAGCAUAAUCCCAAGAUAUGUUAGUCAUGCCAGGAUGCCAGAUUUUGAAUGAGCUUCUUUGCGAACGCCUGCAAAACCAAACUCGGAAAAAAUGGCUACUUAGGUAAUAUGAAUUAGUGACAAUAACAAUAAUAGUAAUUGUAUCUAAUGCUAGUUUACAAGCAUUGUCAGGGAAGCGUUAAACACAAAUCCGGCCGGUGGUGAAAAAUUGUCCCAUUGAUUUUCGAUGUGUUGAUGAACUCAAGUAUGUCUUAGGGAACAAAAUAUUCAUUCUUGUAUUCAUAAGCUAACAAGUCACAUCUUCCCUAAAUUCUGUACUUGGAGAAAGGUUAGUAGACGUUUAUUACCGAGUGCGCUUUUUGUUAGCGGCCGGGGAGAGGCUCAUUCAAAGACCGGCAUCCUGGCGGGACUAAAAUGUCUUGGGGAUUAUGCUGCGCUAUAAUCCAUCUCACCGUCCCACCUGAGUAGUUCUUCCUAAUCGAGAACACAUUUCAGAACUUCGGUUAAAAUUUCCUUUUAUAUUUAUAUGGACAAAAUAACAUUACUGGCAAAUUACAACAACACAGAAACUAGUACCAUAGGCAGAAUAGCAUUGCCGAAAGAGACAAAGGAGACUUUAAUGACCAUUUCUGGCCUGUAAGCUGCAAUUAGCUAAUCAGGCAACGUAAAUCAGUUCUCCUCAGAAUUGAGAGUCAGGCUGUAAGGGCUCUUUCUUAAUGUGACUUCAUGGGAGAUACGAGUUCACAAUUUUUACUUGACACCUGGUUCGUGUGGGAUUAGAGGCUCGGUGAUGUUUGAAGUAUGUAGACGGGCUAUCCAACUUUUUUAAGCUCUGUCCACGUUAACUCGCAGUCGCCUUGACUUUGUUCUAUCAGUGACAAACGAUUGGUGUGGGAAAGUCGAAUGAGACAAAUGCAGCAAUCGUCUGAUUUGCUGUGAGCAGAUUCAAUUAAGUUUCGUCACUGUACCCUCCUCGGUGCAGCAGCGGACCUCUUCAUUUGUUAUGGCAAGCUAUAUAAAUACUAAUUAAAGUUAUAAUUUGAACUGUUCAGUGGAUCUCCGACCGCGUAUUUCCACCACGAACCUUGAAAGUAUGUAUGGCUAAAUGUGUUUACAGUCAAACUAACUAUGCACCUUAGCUCUCAAAGGAACUGUGUCUACUACGGUAAGUAUGAGGCCUUUUGCGUAAACAGUACCAAAAUAAUGCUGUCGACACCAGCCUUAGAGGCGUGCUGGGAAGUUUCCUAAAACCUUACGAAGAAUCACAACCAAACACCUUUGGUUCGCGUUAGUGAGUAAAGAAACAUUUCGAUGCUUUGGCGGUAUUACUCGCUUCACGACCAAUUAUCUGACUUCCGGAUAUGAGCACGGUGAUCGACCCUUCGGUCUUCGUUGCAUGUGAUGUAAGUAACUUUGUUAGUAGUUGACAGGCGUAAAGUUUGACUGAAUUAUCAUCAUGUGCCAGUGACCCCCACAUAUGUCUUCUUUCUCAUUCCAGGUCGUUCGAGCAUGGAUGUGGUCCGCUCUUGA